CUCCACAUGGCAUUUGUGUGAAGCAGAAAGCUAAAAAACUUGUAUUUGUCUCUUAUCCUUUCACAUUCAAGUGGCGAGAAUAGAGAGCCUCGUAUCAUCAAAGAAUGGAUGCUGGAUUUUUUGCCAAUGCUGCUGCCAAUACCGUGGGAAACCUGACAACAGAAUACACAUCACGUUAUGUUAGCUACUUUUUCCAUUUCGGCAGAAUUGUUGAGGAGUUCAAGAAUCAGCGAGACGAACUUGCACUGAAAAAAGAUCGGGUGAAAAAUGAUGUCAAUGAGGCUAUAAGGCAAACUGAAGUAAUUGAGAAGGACGUUGAGGAGUGGCUAACAAGGGCAGAGAGAGAAUUGGGAGAAGCUCAGAGUUUGGAAGAUGAAAUAGAACGUAAUAAGUGUUUCAAAUGGUGUCCUAGUUGGGGCUGGCGAUACUGCUUAAGUAAGAAGGCAGCGAGGAAGACACUUUAUAUCUCUAAACUUUUAGAGACUUGUAACUUUCCACGAGUCGGCCAGCGUGCUCCUCUUCAAGGAAUAGAAUUCCUACUACCCAAGGAUUUCAUGCAUUCCGAAUCUUCUAAAUCAACUUUCAAUGGGAUCAUGAAGGUUUUAAAUAGCUAUGGCGUGAACAUGAUUGGAUUGUAUGGAAUGCCAGGUGUGGGUAAAACAACUUUGGCGGAAGUAGUGGGGAAGCAAGCUAGGGAACAAAAGCUCUUUGAUAAGGUUGUGAUUGUUACAGUGUCCCAAACUCCAAACAUCAACAAAAUUCAAGAUAAAAUUGCAGAAAUUCUUGGUUUAAAAUAUGAGACAAAUACAGAAGAAGGAAAAGCAGAAGAGUUAUGGAGGAGGUUAAAAGACCAGAAGAAGAUGCUCAUAAUUGUUGAUGACGUUUGGAAAGAAUUUAAAUUACAAACUAUAGGAAUUCCAUUUGGUGGUGAACACAAGGGUUGCAAAAUUCUUCUAACUACACGUCUUCAACAAGUCUGUAUUCAAAUGAAUUGUCAAGAGAAAUUUGAACUGAAAAUCUUAUCUGAUGGUGAAGCGUGGGCUUUAUUCAAAGAUAACGCUGAUCUAAAAGAUGUCUCUCCCACCUUGAAUGAUGUAGCCAAGCAGGUUGCUCGUGAAUGCAAGGGUUUGCCUCUUGCAAUUGUAACUAUGGCAAAAGCUCUAAAAGGUGAAAGUCUAGAUGGGUGGAUAGCAGCAAAUGAACGACUCAAAAGCUCAAGACAUUUGGAUAAUCAAGAUAUUUGCGGAGGUAUUUAUAACUGCCUUAAGCUUAGUUAUGAUUAUUUGAAGGAAGACAAUAUCCAAUCAUGUUUCUUGUUGUGUUCUCUUUUCCCUGAAGAUUAUGAGAUUAAUAUCGAGUUGUUGACUAUAUGUGGAAUUGGUUGGGGAUUGUUUUGUCAUAUUAACUUAAUUGAAGACUUAAGGAGGGAAAUUCGUCUAGCACUCUCAAAACUCAAAAUGUCUGGUUUGUUAUUGGAAAUUGAUGAUGAAGGAUUUGUAAAAAUGCAUGAUGUGGUUCGCGAUUUUGCUCACUGGAUAACAUUAAGAGGCGAAAAUAUAUUCAUUGUGAAAGAUGGAUUGACGGAAUGGCCUAUGAGUGAAAGUUUUGGAUGUUAUAUGGGAAUCUCCUUAUGGAACAGUAAGAUAAACAAUCUUCCUGAAAAAAUGGAAUUUUCAGAACUCAAGAUUUUGUUUUUGACAGGAAAGAGUUCACUUAGAGUUUCAAGUAUGUUCUUUGAAGGAAUGAAAAGCCUUCGAGUUUUAUUUCUCGGAAAUGUUGUAUUCUCAUUGGAAGCACUUCAAUUCCUAACAAAUCUUCGAACUCUAUGCUUUGUAGAUUGCGAGCUCCAAAACAUUUCAUCAUUGAGAAAUAUGAAAAACCUUGAGGUUUUUGUGUUGCUUAAUACUAAUAUUCAUGAGCUACCAGGAGAAUUAGUGGAAUUGCAUAGACUAAAAUCACUAUAUUUUUCUUGCUAUGGAGACAGCAAUGUCCCCCCUAACUUGCUAUCAAGGUUAACGUUACUCCAAGAGCUUCACGUGACAAGUAAAAACAAUGUCAACUUAUGGGAGCUGAAUUCAUUUUCUCGUUUGACUGCAUUAACACUGAGAGUAAAUAAAGAUCAUUUUCAAGAAAACUUUGUGUUCCCUAAACUACAAAGGUAUAAUAUAGCGUUUUCAGAUAAAGAUCUUGAAUAUCUGAAUGGCCUAAGCUUGAGAACCUUGAGAAUUAGUGAUUUCUCUUCCUCAUUACACGCAUUUAAGGAGCUAUUUUGCAAUGUGGAAAAGCUUACUCUGUACAAUAUCAUGGAACACAAAAAUAUUAUCCCAACGGUAGAUCAGUGGGGACUAAAUGAUUUAACUUCUCUUGAGCUUAGAUAUUGCAAGGAUGUCGAAUGCUUGAUCGAUACAACACGAGAACAAAGACCAACCACAGCAUUCUCUAAUUUGGUGAAAUUAGACAUGAGUCGAAUGACUUGUUUGAAAGAGUUGUGCCAUGGUCAAUCACCGAUUAAGUUCUUACAAAAGUUAGAAACAUUGAUUAUUUGGAAUUGUGUGCGGUUGCAAUCAGUGUUUCAGAUGAAUGGGUUUCUUGAAGAGGAAGCAAGACGGACACAGCCACUCUCAAAUUUAACAAGCUUGAAUCUAAUCUCAUUACCAUCAUUGCAGAUUAUAUGGAAAGAGCCAACUCAUCAUGCAAGCCUACAAAGUCUGAGGAAACUAGUAGUUUUGGAUUGCCGUGAACUAAAAUACAUCUUCUCACCUUACCUUGCUCAAAGUCUACUGCAUCUAGAACAACUCGUCAUAUCUGUAUGCGAAAAUUUGGAGCAAGUUUUUACUUUUGUCAGAGAAAUGCUUGAGCUAGAGGCAGCACCGCUCUCAAAUUUAACAUGUUUGGAACUAGAGUUACUACCAGAAUUGAGCUACAUAUGGAGAGGACCCACCCAUCUUGUUAAUCUCCAGAAUCUUAAAACAAUGAAAAUUUCAGAGUGUUUUAAACUGGCAUAUCUCUUUUCACCUACCCUUAUUCCAACUUUGGUGCAUCUAGAAGAACUCCAUAUACACGACUGUGGCUCUCUAAUACAUGUAAUAGCAGAAGUGGAAAAUGGCGAUGAAAUACUUUCAAACAUAGAUCACUACCCUCUUGAGAUAGCUAGUUAUCAAAGCUCUAGCCUGUUUUCUUUAUCUCCUGCGCUACAGAAUCUAAAGGAAGUGAAAGUUAUUAAUUGUGGCCAGUUGCAAGAAGUAUUUCAAAUAGAUAAGCUUCUUCAUGAUUCGAAAGAAAAUCAAGGACCAUCGUUGUCAAAUUUAACACUUAUGAAGCUAGUCUCAUUACCAGAACUGAAGUGGAUAUGGAAACAGUCCACCCAUUUUGUCAACCUCCAAAGCUUGAAGUUUGUAGAAAUUAGUUAUUGCAAUAGAUUGAGAUAUCUCUUCUCACCAUCCCUUGCUCAGAGCUUGGAGAUGCUAGAACAACUCAAAGUAGAUCAUUGCGAUGGACUACAACAACUUAUCACAAAGUUGGAACCUGAUGAUGAAAUAGAAUCAGACGUCCCUCUCCGUUCUCCACUCUUGCCAAAAUUGGAAACUCUAACAAUAUAUCAUUGUCCAAGACUGGAAUAUGUUUUUGAAAGUCAUUUGGCCAAUGUUCUUCCACGAUUGAAAUCAUUUUGGAUUUUUGAUUCACCUCAGUUACAACAAGUCUUCAAUGUGGUAAAAGAAACGAAUGGAGUUGAUCAUGCCAUUGCACUUCCUUGCCUACAAGAUUUACGACUUGUAAACUUGACAAAUUUGAGUUGGUUUCACUCGAAAAACUUUCUCGUGGCAUUGCCAUUUUUGGAGAAGUUAGAAGUUUGCAACUGUCCUAGAUUUACAAAUUUCACCAUUCAAAAAUAUGCUAACGAGCAGGUUCAACUAAAGGAAUUAUAUCUUUCUAACUUGGGAAAUAGCAGCCAAUUGUGUAACACUGUUGUCCCCCUAUUGAAUCAAGACUAUUUAGUUGUUGGGAAUCAUGAAGAGGUAUUUCAGGUUCAUGGUCGGUAUUCAUUCUCUAGUUUAAAUGUACUGCGCCUGAAGCAUUUAUCUGAAAUGCGGAAUAUAUGGAAGGAUGCUACUCAGAAUGUAAUCUUUGAAAACCUUACAAUUCUGGAGGUGACCGAUUGCAGGAGGCUAAGCUAUAUAUUUUCACCCACAACAAUUGCUCGAAGUUUAUCACAAUUGGUCCAUCUAGAUAUUCGAAAAUGUGAGGAAUUAGACCAAAUCAUUGCAAAGGAUCAAGUUUGUUCAUCAUCAAAUGGUGAUUCCCAAUCGAUAUGCUUUCCUAAUUUGAUCACAAUUUCUGUUAAAUAUUGCAAAAAGUUGAGAAGUCUCUUUCCUCUUGGAUUUGCUCGUUGUAUUCCAAAACUUGAAUAUUUAGUAGUUGAAGGGAACUCUAAACUGGAGCAAGUAUUUGAGGUAGAUGAUGAAGUAGAAGGGACAACUGAAAAGGAGAUAGAGUUUGAUCAAUUAAAAAUAUUAUCACUUGAAGAAUUGCCAUGCCUCAUUGACUUCUGCCCAAGAGGAUAUCAUUUUGUAUUAUCGACUUUGAGUUAUUUGAUCGUAAAAAAUUGUCCCAAGAUGACUACAGGUUUCUUCAUUGAUUCUGAGAGUUUUGUGCAUGCCAAAGAAGAGACACCACGAUUGGUUAAGCAAGACGCCCCUGGAGGAUCUGCCACUGCUCAAAAUGCAAUUCACACCAAGACCAUAGAUUGGCAGCCGUGGAUGAAAUGUGUGCUACCACCUUACAUGGAAGAAUUAUGAGAUAAUUUCAGAGGAACUCGCAGAGACACGUUUAAACAUAAAUGAGUAGGUUGAGGCUAUCAACUAAACGCAGGUGCGGCCAUGGAGAUAGCGGAGGGAUUUCCAAGGGCUAGGAUGACCAAAGGAUUUCAAGGGAUCUUGAGUCCCUUGCCUUUAUUUUGGAGCACACUUGGUUUGAUGCCUUCGGCUUUUGCUUUUGUUGCUUCGUUCUAGAUACUCUUACGAGGAUAGUCUUAGUUUGAUAGCUUUCCUGUUUCCAGCCGCCAGUUUUUGUGUAUAGGCAGCUUUGAGCUUCUCUUGUUGUUGGUUGCUGAAUGUUGUGGGACUACUGCUAAUCUAUGUGAGCAGUUGUGCUCUUUUAUUGUA